AUGAAUCGUCUUCUUGUUCGACGCUGUAGUAUGUCAUCAAUUGAAGAAGAAGACGAAUCGACUGCUUCCGAUGAAUCACAAACACAAACAGAAAAAUUAGCAUCAUCAUCAUCAUCACAACAACAAUUAUACCAAUCAUCAUCUAUUCUUGAAUGGGAUUCAGAAUUAUCUGAAUCUGAAGAAGAAGGAGAUUUUAAUGAUGAUACUAAAAAUUUAAUUGAUGGUGGAGAAGAACAAGCAGCCAAUCGAGUAUUACAAAAAUUUAUACAAUCAUCUUCGACUACAUAUUUAAAUCCAAUGAAGAAUGAGAACAGUUCAUAUACACCAUUUUCUAUUCAUCUUCAUGACGAAGAAGAUUCACCUGAACUUGACGCUAUUCUAAGUGAAUUACGAGAAUUUAAAACUGAAUUUGAAGAAAAUUCAAAUUUUUCUUUAUAUCAACAACAAUUCUCAAUUUCAAAAUAUAAUAAAAUGGAAAAAUCUGUAAUGAAUUAUUAUCCAUCAUCAACAUCAGCUGCAAAAUCUCCUUCAUUAUUUUCAACGAAUGGUUGUGUCAAUGAACUUCGUACACUUGAAGAUCAACUUGAAGCUGCUUUAGCAAGUUUAACAUUAACAAUUAAUGAUUGUACAAUACCAAAUAUUGAUUCACAACAACGAUCAUCUGAUUCAAGUGCUUGUUCAAGUGGUCUUGGAGAUGAAAUUGUGCAAGAAUCAUUUCAUUCAUACAAUACAUCAAAUACAAAUCAUCAUAAUAUACCAAAAUAUAUAGGAUUAACUACAGAUGAUUGUGACUCGGCAUUUAGUGAUAGUGGAUCAACAGAUAAAGUAACUUUACCAAAUCAUGAGGAAUCAUUGAUUUAUCGUUCUCUAAUGCCUAUAACAGAUUCAAUAAAAGAAACACCAUCGAUUAUUCUUGAUCCUGACGAUGCAUUAUUAUCACAUUCUCAACAUCCAUCGAAAAUACUCGUACGUACAUAUAAUGAUGAUGGUUCAACAAAAAGUAUAUUUAUUGAUGAUUCAAUGUUAAUACGUGAUAUACUUUUUGUACUUAUUCAUAAAAAUCAUCGAGAAGCUGAUAUUAAUUAUGUUCUUAUUGAAAUUUUACCUGAUCUUCAUAUGGAACGUAUUUUUGAAGAUCAUCAAAAAUUAACUGAAGCUAUUCUCAUGUGGCCAACAGUUUCUUCAAAUCGUUUAAGUUUUACUAAACGUUUUGAAAAAUAUACAUUUUUCCGUACGAUAACAUCCAAUGAUGAAUUAUUUCGUACACCUGAUAUUGAAGGAAAUAUUUAUUUAAAAGAAAAAUCUCGUAAAUCAUGGAAAAAACAUUUUUGUGUACUUCGUUCAUCAGGUCUUUAUUAUAUACCAAAAGGAAAAAGCAAAAAAGAUCUGAUUUGUUUAGCAAAAUUUGAAAAUGUGGAAUUAUUUUUUGGUCUUGAAUGGAAGAAAAAAUUUAAAUCACCUAGCGAUUUUUGUUUUGCAUUAAAGCAUCCAUUAAUUCAAAAGAAAAGUUCGAAAUAUAUUAAAUAUAUGUGUGUUGAUACGAAAGAUGAAUUUGAUCGUUGGAUUAUAAAUAUUCGAUUAGCUAAAUUUGGACAACAAUUAAAAAUAAAUUAUUCAUUUAUGGAAAAGACAAUGAAUAUGUAUCGUUCAACAGGUCGUUUUAAUGCGAUUUGUUCUACACGUUCGGAAACACCAAUUGAACCACAACAACGUAAUAUCGAUAUUCCGAUUCAUGAUCGUCGUACACCAAUUCCUCAUAAUCAUUAUUAUACAAUUCAUUCAAGUACAUCCGCAAAUAAUAAUAAUAAUGACGACGAAGAAGAAGAUGAUGAUGAUGAUGAUAAUGAUAAUAAGAAUUGUCCGAUUAAGUCAGCUAGUUAUAUGGAUGAAUUACGUGAAAGACUUGAACGUGUUCUUAAUGAUACACCACAACAAUGUUCUUCUCCUAUUCAUUCAUCAUUACAAAUGAAAGAACCUACACGUCGACCAACAUUACUUCCAGCAGUACCAAAAUUAAAAUCAAUAAAUUCACAAGAUUUAAAACCAUCGGAAGCAUUAAAUAAAAUCAAUAAUCAAUUAAAAUCAUCAUUAACAAUCGGUUCAACACCAUUACCAAGAAAACAAAUAAAACCAUCUGGAACAUUAUCAUAUAGAACAAUGGAUACAGUGAAUCAUCAUCAUCAUCAACAAUCAAUGAGUAAAAGUUUUAGUAUACCAACAAAACGAGAAGAAUAUCGAAGUGUUAGUUCUCUAUCUACAACAUCAAAAUCUGAAUCAACGACUUUAGAUGAAACAGAUUUUUCUCUUCCUUCAUCAUUAUUUCUUAAUAAUUUUAAUAAAUCUAAUAAAACAACAAAUACAACUAAACCUAAACCAAUUAUUAUUAAUACAAUGAAUAUUAAUCGUUCGAAACCACCAGUAACAUUAAAAAAACCUAUGAUAUCAUUUCGUUCCUAUACUCAAUCACAGUCUUCCGUACCUAAUAAAAAUACACUUACUUCAUCAUCUAUGAAAAUUUCAACAUCUGGAUCUCAAUCAUUGAAACAAAUUAAACCAAUAAGUAAUUCAUCAAUACAGAACAGUUCAUUGAAUCAUAGUAAAAUUACAUCAACAGUUAUUAAUAAUAAAUCUGUUCCACCUGUUCCACCACGUAAAUCAAGUAUUCCUCGUCCAGCUCUAACACCGCAACCACCUCAACGAAAUUCAUCAACAAAUCUUCUCCUUCGUAAACCACAAAUCAGUCAUUUAUAG